AUGGUGAAUACAUGGACAGUGGUAGAAUUUUUGGACCAGUCGGUCGAGGCAGUUCCCUCCCAUUGGAUCACGAACAAUAAAUGUUCUUGGCCACAUUAUCUUAAAGAACAAUUGCUAAAAGCAAUCAAACACUGUGAAAAUCCUAAAGACGAUUGGACCCAACAUGAAGUUACAAUAUUUAGAAAUGCUACAUAUGGUUUUGAUACAUAUUCUUUUUUUCUUAUCCUUUUAAUUAAACCAAUACUUUUAGGUGAUUAUAGUUUAGCUAGAAGGAAAGCUAGAAAAGCGGAGGACACUUCUGAUUUGAAUUCAGAGUUGGAAUCUUCAAAACGAAUGCCAAAAGUGAACCCUCGAUUUGUACGCUCUGAAUCAUCAGAAUCUGAUUCAGAUAUAGAGAGUCAAAGUAGUCAUAAAGAAGUUGUCAAAUUCCCACAAAUUUCUAUAUUCAAGCCUCGUGAGUCAUUGGUUAAUGAAACUAAUAGCUGUGCAGAUUAUGGGCUUCCUUCAAUACCAAAAAUAGGAAAAGAAACUACAAGGGCCAGUUUUACAAUGUCGGAAAACUCAAACCAGGAGUGUAGCUGCUGUCCAGUUCAUAAAAAGGCCGGCGACAAUUCAAAUGGAUUACUACAACAGAUAUAUAGAAAAGUGUCCUUAUUGGAAUUAAAGAUUAAUGAAUUAACUUUUAAGAUUGAUAACAUGUCUGUCAGUCCAGAAGUUAAUUUGGAUAUUUGGGCCAAUUUCAAACUACCUUCAUUAGAUGUAUCUGACUUUGAGGAGUUUGAAGAAUAUUUGAAUGUUCCAGAAAACAUCAAACAGUCUGCACUCUUUCUUGUAAAAGUAGGAGGCGACUCGUGUGAUGAAUUUGUGAAAAGAGCACUUAUGAAAUUGGUCACUUAUCAAGUGGCUUCCAACUUUAGUUUUCUUGGUAUGAAGGGGAAAAAAGUAUUUAAAAAUUUGAACAUCUUCAAACUUCUACUAAGUGCUGGAGAACACACAAACUUCAAAGAAAAAGAAAUUGAAGAUAGUAUAAAGAAGUUUUUGAAAAGAUCUAAAGAAAGGGCAGUGGCUGAAGAGAAAAAAAUGAAUAAUAAUUAUUAA